ACUUUUCCUUCCCCAUGAUAUAACAAACUUAACCUCUUGAGCCUCUUUAGGCCUUGAAUUUACUGUAGAAAGAUUAUGGAGAGGCUUAUCUAUUCUUCUCCUCUACCAUCUAAAAUCCUUCUAAAAUCUUUCCCUUCGUUUCCUCGAGCCGCUCCAGUUGAGUGUGGAAAACUCAAUUCUUCGUCUUUUCCGCGAACUGAGCUAAGGCGGUUGGGUUCAAUUUUCUUCAAACAGGAACUCUCAUCAUCUUCGUCUCGUUCCUCUUCAAAUUUUAUUGUUCAAUGUUCAAAAGAAUGUUCGAAAGAGGAUCCGGAAUUACCUGUCCCUGUUCAGUGUACGCCCCAUAUCCCUUUUCUCGACCAAGUCACCGGGCAAGAUUCAAAGCAGCAGAAAAGAAUCCCAGUCGGAGCAGUUAUACUGUUGUCAGCUCUAGUAGUGUUCAUAAUCCAUCCAGUUCUUGCUCCUCUGGCCUUUGCUACUGUACAAACUGCUACUAAAACUGGGGGCUCUGCUGCUGCUGCAGUAGGAGGAAGACUUGUUCAGACUGAACUGCUAAGUAGUGCUUGGACUGGCUUCUUUGCUGGUUGUCUACACACUUUAUCAGGGCCUGAUCACCUAGCUGCUUUGGCACCACUCUCAAUUGGACGUACACGGUUGGAGAGUGCUGCUGUGGGAGCUCUAUGGGGUUGUGGCCAUGAUGCAGGCCAGGUCAUUUUUGGUUUGCUUUUUUUAUUGCUGAAGGACCGUCUCCACAUUGAGGUUCUCCGCACGUGGGGUACGAGAGUAGUUGGCAUAACUCUACUGAUCAUCGGUGCUAUGGGAAUCAGGGAAGCAUCAGAAGUCCCUACCCCAUGUGUCGCUUUAGAAAAUGGGGAAUGUGAUGUUAGUGUCCUUGAAUCUCUUGAAACGCCUACGGCUGGGAAAAAGAAGAUUGGGUUUGCAACAUUUGCUACAGGGAUUGUCCAUGGACUACAACCAGAUGCACUGAUGAUGGUAUUGCCUGCACUGGCACUUCCGUCACGCAUGGCUGGUGCUGCCUUUCUAGGUAUGUUCUUGCUUGGAACUGUGUUGGCCAUGGGAAGUUACACGGUGUUUAUAGGUUCUUGUAGUCAGGCACUGAAAGAAAGGGUCCCUAGAAUAACUGAAAAACUAACAUGGGCUUCUUCUCUUAUAGCAAUUGCUCUUGGAUUUGCCAUUCUCAUUAGCCAGUUCUUUGGUUUUAGCCUGUAUUAAUUCAAGUCUUGUCUAAAUUGUCUAUUUUUUUCGCAUCCUUGUAGUUUAGGGGGGGGGGGGGGAGAAAGAGGGUCUUCAGACGGAUGGAUAAGUUCUCUGCACAAUCUUCCUGUAUCACACUUCACUCAACAAGAAUCUUUCUUUACUGUCUUCUUUUUCUCUUCAAAGUUUGUAGACUUUAUAUACAGGGAAGCCCUAUCUUCCAGUUUUUGCUGGCUUAAACCUUGGAUAACCUUAUUUAUGGUGAAGUUUCAGAUUGAUUUGCUGAUUUCUUAUACUCA